AUGACGCUGCAAGGGAAUGAAAAUGCUGCCUCAGAGUCUGGUGAUUAUCAACCAAAUCAAGACAACGUCCCUCGUGAUGUGAAGUUGCUUCAUCUUUUGUUUGCCGCUAACUCCAUCGACUCAUAUGAAGACCAUGUUCCACUUCAACUUAUGGACUUUGCUUAUAGAUACACAACAGGGAUUCUCAAGGAUGCCGUUAUUUACAGUGAUCAUGGGAAUAUGGCUUCCAGUAAUGUGACGAAUGCUGGGAACAUUGGAUCAUCUAACAAGGCAAUUUCGGUUGAGGAUGUCAAGUUAGCCAGUGCCGCCAGACUGGACUAUCAGUUUCGUAAUUCUCAAAGUAGAGAGUUAUUGUUUGAGUUAGCCAGCGAAAAAAAUAAGAAACCUUUACCCAAUUGUAUACCCAGCUUUGGUGUUAGAUUACCUCCAGAAAAGUACUGUUUCACAGGCAAAGAUUUAGAGUUGGAAGAUGAGUACAAAUACGAAGAAGAUAUCAAGAUGAAGAGUGCUUAG